GUGCUGUGGUCGCAUUGGAACUGUUCGUGAUCGGGUUCGACUAUCCCGGAAAAGCCGAAGCAAAACAUACAGUGGGGCAAUUGGGAAGUUGGGGAAAAUUUGGGAAAAAUUGGCAUUUACUAAGAGAAUCGAAAAGUAGUUGAAAAAUAUGUCAGGCGAUGUACAGCCGCGAAAGCGCAAGGAUAAGCGCAAAAAACGUGAUGAUCGCAAAUCGGAGGGCGAUGUGAGCGUACUGCGCCAGCCAAGCUUUCAAGAGGAUGUCGACGACUCGUCUUCCCACGGCGUUCACAUCACAAAGAUGGGAAACGAUGAUGUCCAUCUGCAUGUGCAACACCAGCACGGAACUGGCGGACAUUGGUGCGCCAAGAUUAUAUUCUUCAGCUUGAUGGCUGUGCUCCUCGGCCUGGUGGGCCUCAUCAUAAUGGAAAAUCGCGGACUGGACGUGGACUUGGACACACCUUUGUCGGAGUCGCGUUAUUCGAACUACUUCAAUGGUUGGGUCGAUGAGCAUCGCGCUGAUGAUGAACACGAUGCGCAUCCUUCACACGAAGCGGCGCUGGAUGAACAUGAUGAUGAACACGACGAUGAACAUGAUGAGGAAUAUGAGCAGCAGACUGGCGAAGAAGAAGAAGAAGACGAGGAAGAAGCCGAGGAAGAUCAUGACGCAGCAGAUGAGGAGGAGGAGGAGGAGGAGGAUGAAGAAGGAGAGAACACUGCUGCUGAAAAUAUUACAGCUGAGGACGAUGAGGAAGAACAUGAUGAAGAUGAGGACAAUGAUGAUGACGAGCAAUUGCUGCUGCAGGAGCGAGAACGUCAAGCAGCCGCUGCUGCAGAAGCCGCAGCCAGAGCCAAACAGCAGCAGGGCGAAGCGGCUGAGGAUAAGGAUGAGGAAGUCACAACAACAUCCUGGCUGGGCUCACUUGCCGUUAAAUUUGGCGUUGGCAUUGCACUUGCCCUUGUUUCACGCCUUGUAUUGAUACGGAAAAAUCCAAAUACAAUCACAGCUUUGUUAAAACUUAUGCGCCAAUACAAUGAGGAUCUGUCCACGACGGAGGUCAGCAUGAGAAGACGACUGACAAUUGCCGGACUGACAGUUGAUGCAGAGGAGGAGGAGGAGGAGGAGGAGCUGCCGCCGCUUGAUGACGAGGAUUAUUCCGAGGAGGAGAUCGAAAUCGAGGAGGAAAUUGAAAUUGAGAUAACCGAUACGGAGGAAAACGAUGAUAUUGUGGCCAUCAAUGCCAGCUAUGUGCCGGAGACAUUCGAGCAACUGAGUGCCAUGUACAAAUCCACAAUAGCGCCAAAGCCAGCUGAGGCAAAGUCCCAGACUGUACCAGAGCCCGCCAAGGAACCGGAGCCAGAGACAGAGCAAAAGACGGAAAAGAAACUGGAGUCCGAAUCCGAAUCCGAAUCGGAACCGGCACAUACGUUUACCGGUGUCAAAUAUGUUGAAAUCGAUGUGGGGGAUAUUGAGGAUUACGAGCAUGACGAUAGCGACGACGAGGAUGAGCUAUUGAGCGAUGAGGAGGAAGAUGAAAUAUCCGAUGUGGAUGAUGCGGAACUAAUGAGCAGGUUGGAAGCCAAAUAUGGUCGACUCCCUGCCAAGGAGUAUGAUACCGAUCCCGAUUCCGAUGAUCCGACCUGGACACAAAUAAAACCCAAGGACCCAACUGGUGCCCAGGCUGUUGAGCACGACGAUGAUCUGUUCGAGCAGGAGCUGCGCAAGGCCAAUGCCGAGAUGAUCAAUGAGAAUUUUGCGAACGCUUUGCGCGCCUUUAACACGCUCACACACACAUACGCACACAUACCGGCGGCUCAUCUGCAACGGGCCCGGGCCUUGGAGCUCGUGGCUGAGAGGCAGCGCAGCAAUCGAUUGCUCCUCGAUGCCGUCGAAUCCUACAAACGUUAUCUGGCCUUUGGCGAACUCAUUGCCAACCACACUGAAUAUCGUGCGGCUGGCGAAAGUUGCAUUCAGCAGCUCAGAUUUCUGGGUCACAUGCAACAGGCGGUCUCCGUACACGAGCAGCUCAUUGAACGCUUUCCUGCUGAGGCUCAUCUGCGCAAUCAGCUUUCGCUCACCCAUCUGAUGUCCAACAACUUGGCUCAAUUGCAACAGGUGGCUGGUGCAACGCUCAAGCUCUGGCCCCGCAAUCCAGUCGCCAAUCUCCACUUUGGCCUGGCACUCAAGCAGCUUCGUGGCGACUAUGCUCAAGCCUUGCCGUAUUUGCAGCUUGCCAUUGACUCACAAGCACCGGGCACACAGGAGCCCUACUUCUAUCUGGCGUUGGGCGAGACACUCCAGCGUCUGGGCAAACAAUCCCAGGCAUUGCAGCUGUAUAAACGUGGUGCGGAGCAGCGAUUCUUCGCCAGCGUCUAUCAGCGCUCGCUGUACAAUGUGCCCCGACUGAGAGCCAAAUCCUUUUGGCAACCAGCGGAAACGGGUCACGCCUUGGAGCUGGAGCAAUUGCAGCAGAAUUGGCGACGCAUACGCAACGAGGCGCUGGCGCUGCUCAGCAGCCAAGGCAACUUUCAGCAGGAGGCGGAGCAACUGCGCGACACGGGCAACUGGCAGCAAUACGAGCUCUACGCACGUGGCGAGCGUCUGCUGGGGAACUGUCAAAGGGCGCCCAUCACCUGUGGCCUGUUGGAGAAGUUUACUGCAGCCAGCAGUUGCCGGCGUGGACAAAUCAAGUUCAGUGCUAUGCAGGCACAGACGCAUGUCUGGCCACACUGUGGUCCCACCAACUGCAGACUGCGUGCCCAUCUCACGCUGGUGGCACCGGAACCACACCUGACCAACUUGCGCGUGGCCGAACAACAGCGCACCUGGCGCGAGGGCGAUUUGUUCAUAUUUGACGAUAGCUUCGAGCACGAGGUCUGGCACAAUGGCAGCCAGCUACGUUUGGUGCUCAUCGUGGACUUUUGGCAUCCGGAUUUGAGUGCAGCGCAGCGACGCAGCUUGGCCCCCAUUUAACUGUUAAUAAUAUUACCCAAGCAUCUAAAGUCAAUUCACAAGUUCUUUUGUUAUAUUUGAGAUACUCACGGAGCAAAUCGUUAAUCGUUAAUGUAAUCUGUAACUCUUAACUGAUAAGUAUCUUUUGUAUGAAUGCGUGUUUAGUUGUAGUCGCAAACGUUGUCUAUAAAUAAGUCUAUAAUUAAUGGCUGCUUGGUUGACAGCAGCAUCUUUGCUGUAUCCAAUCAAUUUUGUAAAUACAGUAAACUUUUUGAUUCGAAAA